GUUCUGUUUCCCCAUGCAGAGUCUCUCUGCCGCUUUGGUACAUCAUCCCUGGAGGAACAUUCAGAAUUUGGAAGAUUAAUUUAUUCUGGAAAUUUAUCAAGAUCUGUAUUAGGAGUGAAAAUUUUCUGUUUGACCACCAGCAUAAUAACUGCUUCUAUGUUGUUUGGUAUCAUAUUCAAGUUUGGCUUAAAUGUUGACAAACUCUACUCGGAAAUUGCUUUUUAUAGUGCCACACUAUUCUUUAUUUUCCUGACACCAUUUCUCUUCCAUUUAUUUACUAAAAGGUAUGUCAUCCGACUGUACCAUAAAGCUAAAACAGACACAUACACAGCAAUUACAUACAGUGGUAUUUUGAAAGAAAAGAAAACUCUAUUCCAUCAGAAAGAUGUGACUGUUCCAGACAUCAGCAAGCUGUUCACAACAUUUUAUGCUAAAAAGAGAGCAAUGUUUGUUAACCCAUUCCUUUUUCAUUAUCCUCAAGACUACAACCAUCUUAUGGGUUAUGACAAACCCUUUCAAUUUGAUUUAAAUGACUCAGAAGACGAAUAGAAUUCUAAAAUGUCAAAAUCUUUAUAUAUUACCUUAUUUCUACUUGCUAUUCAGAAUUCUUUCACAGAUUCUAGAUGACUUAAUCUUGUUUUUUUCUCCAUUACUCUAGCUUUGUUCAUUUAAAUAUUGAUGACUGUGAUUAAAAGUGUUUUAGGAA